CUCUGUGCCUGUGUGGGAGCGUGACCCGCCCUGAUAAAUAGGGCUGUUUGUGCUCCUGCAGAGCAUCUGCGGGGCUGAGCCUUCCCUGAGGAUGGGAGCGCCCCUGCUCCCCUGGCUGCUCCUGCUGCUGAUGUCCCACUCUGCCCAUGCAGCCAUCCUGGAGGUGAACGGGAACCUGAGCUGUAGGUGUGCCAGGACAACCUCGGAAUACAUCAGUCCCAAGAAAUACGAGAGCAUUGAGAUAAGGCCCGUGGGCAGCAGCUGCAGGCGCACGGAGAUCAUCAUUAAGUUAAGGACCUCAGGGAAGGUGUGUGUGAAUCCCGAAGCCCCCUGGGUGAAGAAGCUGCUGAAGCGCAUUGCCAGCACGAAGAAAAAAUAGCUUUCCUGCUAAGGAAGUCAUUGCCCAGAGCUGCGAGGCAGGUUGGCAGAUGAUGCCCAGGUGUGCAGACCUGGCUGCUCCUCACUUUGCCCUGUCUUCCUCCCCUUCCCGAAAGCCCCACGUCUGGCUCUGGUGGCAGUGGCUGUGGGGAGGGUGCCUCACUGCUGGCCCCAGCCCCGUGGCAGGUUUGGGGGGGCUCUUCCCUGCUCUCGGUCCCUGGAUCAGUGUGAAUAUGAAUCCUUCAUUUAUUUAGUUGCCUGUGGACUGCGAAACCGUUCCCUGUCAGGGGCUGCUCCUGCUUCUUUAGGAAUUAUUUUGUGACUUUUUCCAUGUGAAGUGCUCGGCAGCAGAGUGUGUGUCUGAGGGUUGUGUGGCAUGUCCUGUUUUGGAAGCUCGAGUCCAAUAAAAUUCGGGAUUUUUCUUUCUGUUGUA